CUCUGUUACCACAGCAUCCAUAAAGGCUGCGGCAAGCCAAACAGCAUACGGGUCCAUGACCUGGUACCACGGCAAUGAGACCGGCCAAAUUCCCGGUGCAUUCCCCUCGAAGUGGUGGGAAGGUAGUGCGCUGUUUAUGAGUUUGCUUCUCUACUAUUAUUACACCGGCGACAGCACCUACAACGAUGAAGUCCGCCAAGGCAUGCAAUGGCAAGCAGGUGACUGCGACUACAUGCCGAGCAACUACAGUAGUUAUCUGGGUAACGACGAUCAAAUGUUCUGGGGCCUCGCAGCGAUGACCGCGGCUGAGAUCGACUUCGCCGAUUCGACCGACGGAUAUUCCUGGCUCGCGCUUGCUCAGGGCGUAUACAACACCCAAGUCGCACGCUGGGACUCCUCGAACUGCGGAGGCGGACUGCGCUGGCAGAUCUGGCCGUACGAGGCUGGGUACGAUAUGAAGAACUCAAUCUCGAACGGAGGCCUGUUCCAGCUGGCUGCCCGUCUCGCCCGUUACACCAACAACGAUACGUACGCCGACUGGGCCGAGAAGAUCUUCGAUUGGUCGGCAUCCGUUCCUCUGUUGAAUAACGAAACGUGGAACGUCGCGGAUUCAACCGACAUUGAUAACGGCUGCACAACGCAGGGCAACAACCAAUGGUCUUACAAUUAUGGAACAUAUCUGAUGGGUGCCGCAUACAUGUACAACUAUACGGGCAAGGCCAAGUGGAAGACCGCCGUGGAUGGUCUUUUGAACGUCACCCUGACCACAUUCUUCCCGUCCCAGUACGGCGGCAACAUCAUGUCCGAGGAACUCUGUGAACCUGCGGAGGCUUGCAACGACAACGAAAUCCUCUUCAAGGGCCUGCUGAGCGGAUGGCUCGGAUUUGUGGCUUUGGUGGUCCCCUCGACAUAUGACGAGAUCUUGCCGAAGCUGCAGGGCUCCGCCGAGGCCGCGGCCGCGUCUUGCAGCGGAAUGAGCAACAACACGUGUGGUGUACGGUGGUACCCGAAGUCGUGGGAUGGAUGGAACGGCAUGGAGGAAGAAAUCGCCGUCACCAAUGUCCUUUCAUCUGUGCUCAUUACGACGAAGAAGUCCGGCCCGGUGACCUCCACCACUGGCGGUAACAGUACCAGCGACCCGAAUGCCGGUAAAGGAGAUACCACCGGCGAUAAGACCUCGACGCGGAAGAUCACCGCCGGUGACAAGGCCGGUGCAUCUAUCUUGACGAUUGUUUUUGUUGGGGCGUGGGGUGGCAUGAUCGCUUGGAUGCUCCUCGGAGGCUAGGCCACGGCAAUGACGGCUUGAUGUUGCGUCGCAUCUAUAUACCACACAGCGGUCCUUAUAUACCAUUUCCACAAAUUGUGGGUAUCUUUUUCUAGAGGGACAUCUU